AUCUAGAAUCCAUCAAUCUCUUGCAAGUCUUCUUCUUCUUCAUAUUGAUUGUGAAGUUUUUCUGUUAUAUAAAAUUACUGUUAAAGGUUUCAUAUACAAAAGCUAAAAUGCAAGUUAUUUCAACAGUGGGAUCUAUUCUACCUAUACAUCCCGGUAGAAUUGGUCGAAAUACUGUCAUUCUUAGCCAUCCUCGUCUUUCAUUGAUCUCAAGAUUGGACAAGGAUAGAAAGAAGCUUUUCCAAAGCCUGACAUCGCCAUCUCGCAGCUCCGGCCAUAGGAAGAUGAACAUGGUUUCCUGCUGCACCGUUGGCUCAGGACCUCCACUUCCCCCUGAUUCUUCUCCUGGUUCUUGGAAAGGUUGGAUUCUGGGAGUGGUGGUAACUGUAAUCCUACCCUUUUGGAUCAACAAAUUGGGACCACUGUUAAAAUUCAAAGAGGAAGUUGAAACUGUCGCCGAGACAGCGGAACAGGUUGCUGAUAUUGUAGAAAAGGUUGCCGAGGAAGUGGAGAAGGUGGCGGAUGAGGUCUCCGAUGCGCUGCCGGAAGGCGGAAAACUUCAAGGUUUUGUUAAUAAGGUGGAAAAUGUGGCCAAAGAAACGGCCAAGGAUGCCCAUCUAGUGGGAGAAGUCAUUGGAAAGGUGGAAGAAGUGGAAAAGGAGGUUGAGUCAUUCUUUGCGCCAGGAAAGGAUCAAGGAAGCCAAGGAGGAUCGUCAUUAGACAAGAUAUAGCAGUCUGCUCGUCAUUUCUUUGUUUAUUUUAUUUUAUUUUAUUUUGAUAUUAGUUUCAUUUAUUUGUAAUUGUAAGUUUUUAACAUUCAUAUUCAUGAGAUGAGAAGAUUCGAAUCUAAAUUUCAUAAAAUAUCAGGUUCUUU